GUCGGUGUCACCACGACAGAACAAGAACAGUACAGCGUCAUCUGUUUCCAUGUCAACUCUGAUGCAGAAGCUCGCUCAACCCAAACCCAACCGCCUCAGACACCCAGACCGUCGUUCUGUGUAUUGGCUGGAUCAGCUGCCACCAGAGAAAACUGGAUCCACCACCAAAAUUGAGUUAACCCCUCGCUGGUCGGAGCUAUGUAGAAGCAAAAAGUUCUACACUCAAGUCACACUUUCUCCUGUAUGGGAGGUGAGUGAAUGGGCUCUUAGGGCCAUUCCAUCCGAUCGGCUGUGUAGUCUGGCUCAACCACGGGCCCAUGUAGCUGGCUGGCAGCCCGACCGCCCACUGCUUGUUCCUUUGAACAGAGGGACGCAGACUGCUGUGCCUACUUCACGAAUUUGCCAGCUUGCCCAACCAAAAAGACGGUCCGUACUGGAGGGCUCUGGCCCCAAAUCUAAACCUGUACCCAUGACUCCCAUACCCUGCAAAGCAUCAGCACACAUAGAGCUACUUGCUGCCCCUAAGCACGACCACUCCAAGUUCAAAGGAGAGCGCUCGGUGUGCUGGUCCGUCUCCAGAGCGGCGAGAAACUACGUAGCCAGCCAGAGACUUCUUGAACUGUCCAGUCCCAAAGAAAGGAAGGCUCUUUUUGAGGGAUACGAUCCGUACGUGGUUAGCCGAGCAGCCUGCUCUGCCAGCCCCUCGGCUCGGCUACAACAGCUCUCUCUGCCUCUGCCUCGCAAAUGUAGCUCAAACAAGGAGGGUGAGGUCUGGUCCCAGGAGAGGUGUUGA